UGGGCCUCAGAGCAUAGCCUGUGUCCUGUCGCAGUCUACGGUCCUGGAGAAGGAGUUUCUGUACACGUCCAUAUUAAAGAAAUUCGUGUGUCGCAUGUAAUAUUUGCAGCAGGCAGGCGGGGAGACUACACAGCGUAUGAACGAUUGGAGAGGUGUCCUAUAAAGUCACUGCUCCACCGGCCUGUCGUCUCAGAUUGAUUGACUGAAACAUGGGGGCCUACAAAGAGCACAUGGAGACGGUUUUAACGCAGCGACAGAAGGCGGCUGAUAGCUCCGGACCCACGCCCAACGGUCUGGCCGCGGACAGGAAGGUCGUCGGCGUCGCCGGCAAGUGGUACGACGUGACCACGUUCGUGGACCGGCACCCGGGCGGUGACGUUCUGAAAUACUUCCUGAACAAGGACGCCACCGAUGUGUUCCGCAGCUCGCACCCCGUCAGCGGCGUGUCCGAGAAGUUCCUCAAAUCGCUGAAGGUCGUGGGCACGUACAAGUACGACUUCACCGCGGACCCCUUCAACCAGGAUAUGCGGGGCCUGUACGAGCGGCUGCUGAAGGAGGGCUACUACAAGACCAACCUUUGGUGGUACGCACGGAAAGCGGCUGUGUGUGGGCUCAUCUUCGCCGCCAUGGUGUGGCUGGUGGUGGGGUUCCAGCAGACCUGGGUCCACUGUCUGGCGGGGGUACUGCUCGCCAUCUUCUGGCAGCAGAUCGGCUUCAUGAUGCAUGAUCUCAUGCACCACCAGAUAUUUGAAACCCAAAAGGUGACCAACCUUGUGGGCACAUUUGUUGGGUCCGUCUGUUUCGGUGUGAGUGCCAACUGGUGGCGUGACGAACACUGGGUGCACCACAUGUUGACCAACACGAUAUGCUACAAGACAGACUUCCAAGACCCACAGGUGUUUGAGCCCACCUGGGCCCAGAAUGUCAUGCUGUUUCCGCUAAUGAAGACCAACUUUCAGGCCUUCCUUGUUCAGAUUCAGCACAUCAUUUUCAUCCCAGCCUGCAUGAUCGGUGGCCGUCUUGAUGCCAUCAUCGGCAGCUACAAAGAUGAGAAGGAGUUUCGGCAGUACAUUGCCUUUGGCCUCCACUGGAUGUGGAUGUGUGCACUGCUGUCCCUCCUACCCAACUGGCAGGAGCGAGCAAUGUUCUAUACCAUUGCUGCAUUUGGAGAGGGUCUCCUGCACAUCCAGAUCCUCAUCAACCAUUAUGCCAAGGACAUCUUCCUGAAGGAUGAGCUCCAUCAGAUGGAGUUCUACAGAUACCAGACGGAGCAGAACAUCAACAUCUCCAACCCUUGGUGGAUGGACUGGUUCCACGGAGGUCUUAACUUCCACAUCGAGCACCACUGCUUCCCACGUGUUCCUCGCCACAACCUGCGCAAGGUGGGAGACAUGAUUCAGGAGAUAUGCCGCAAGCACAACGUUCCCUACGACUCCUCCCCAUUCACUACAGUCAUCUGGCGCACGCUGAACACCCUCUACAACAUGAAGUUCUUGUUCAAGCUUGAUCCGCGCUAGAUGGUCUGUAGCCCAAAACAACCCGCAAGAUUCACAUUACUGCUUAUAGCUAAGCUACACAUAAGUAUGAGCAUACAUAAAACAAGGAAACAGCAUUGAGAACAGGGUGUCAUAAGUGGACAUCUGGUAGCUUCUCAGUUUUUAUGUUGUAUGACUUAGUUGUCAAUAUGGAACACAAUAUUUCCAUUGUGAAAUAACUAUAUAUAGUAAGUAGAAAAUCAUACUGGUAGUUGUUUAAUCUAACUUACGAGAAAAAAUUGUAUUGAUGAAUACAGAUGUCCUUUGAGUUGCAAUGUGAUCAAACAUACAGGUAGGUCCAACAAGGGUAUUUAUUGAUCAAUUGUAAGGUACAAUUAUAAGAUUGUCUGAUGUUGUGCUACGUAGAGAAAAUGCUCUACUGAUCUUCACCAAUGUCAGAGUAAGACAGAUUUCAUACAAGUCAAAGAUGUUGUCACUACCUUGUGAGAACUGGGGCCAAUCACAGUUGAAUAGAAUUAACCCUGUCAAGUUAGCUUAUGCCUUAUGUUGUCAGUUACCAACACAACCGGUAAAGAUCCAGUUUAUUAAUUUCACUGUAGUCAUUAUGGAAUCAGUGUUAUCAUGAAUGAAUAACAAAUACUGCCAUUCUUAUGAUAUCUUAUAGUUUGAUACUAACUUAAAUAUAACUAUCCUCAGUUAGUUGAAGUUGUAUAAAAAUUCUUCAUGGAUUUUAAGUAUGAUCUGGCUGUUUGCAAUGGUUUGAAAACAUAGUCUGGCUGUAUGCCAUGGAAUUAUACCUCAAGUAUUCAAGCUUUUGGACAUCUGGUGGUAUUCCCUUUUCUGCUUUUGUCGUUUAAAGAAUUAUAUCUUAAUGUUUAUGUAAAUUGUGGUGAAUUGUCAACAUAUUUCAUGAUGAGCAAUGGGAUCAUGUGGCCAAGAGGUCCUGGGUUCUAACCCUGUCAUGUCACUGCCUUUGUGCCCUAAGGAAAGGGAGUUAACACGACUUACCACACACAAAAAGAGUAGGGGUUCUUCUCGGUGUGAGUGUUUGAUAGCCAUACAGCUCAAUGGCCGAACCGUGCGUAAUUGUCGUAUUGAGGUUGGCUUGGUUGAAUGGCAGACCCUUGUGAUUCAGCCUCGUCAGGUAGUAUUUGGUCCCAGCCCAGUGCUGUACAACAGGGUCCUGUCAGGUAAUUACUGAUAGCCCAGUUGCUAAACUAAGGCAGCCAUAGAAAAAUAGAAUUAAUACUAGAAGCCAGUUCUUUCCAUAAUCUAAUCUAAUCUUAGAUGAUAAAGUCAAAUAGAAGUUACAUUUCUCAAGUACUGAAUACAACCAGUAGAUGUGUAAUAGAGUAUGACUUAAAUCUGAGGCAGUUACAUGUAGGUGUGACAGUGGGUUCAGUACAAAUGUAUAAUAUAACCAGCUGCUGCUUUGCCGUGUACCUGUGAAGCUGGUGUGUUAUGCUGAAGGUUGGUUAUACUGGUGAUACAGAUACAGAUGAAGUCUGCAAUAAUAGUAAUGAGGUUUCAAAAUCUCCUAUUCCGAGAAGCUUUGCAUCUUGCUUUCUAAAAAAAGUGAUCUACUACCAUAGGAUUUAACUGUGAUAAGGUUUUGGAUUGACAUUAGCACACAUACAUGUCUGAUAAAACAUGGUACUUUUGGUAUAAAUUUUGUACCAGUAUCUGUAAAGUUGGAAGUAUACUGGAAUUGAUGAUUGUUGGUAUGUGACAUACUUACCCAUAUAUGUGUGUGACUAUGAUUGUCAGCAGUAAAGAGGUGUGUGUGAGUAAGGAAGUUAUAUGAGGUACAUGACAAUAUGGUUAACUGUACAUUCAUGGGAGUAGAUAUAACACAUAACCAUGAUAGGACAUAAAAUAAGAAACUUUGUACAAGAUGUAAAAAGGCAGAUAUUUAUGUGACUUACAUGUAGCUAUUUUGCAAUGAUUUAAAAUGUUGUUGCACUGGUUUAAAAAAAGAGGCCUUUUCCACUCAUCAAAUUCAUCAUUGCAAUUUUGCACAUGUAGUGCUUAGGCCUACCCUGAAGAAGAAUUUUUUCUGAAAUUAGGUGAAGAGUAAUGAUCGUGCAGAUAUCAUCCAUAACAUUUACUUACUGUGGCCUUAGGUUUAAAAAAAAAGUCUCCAAGCAGACCUAUUGGUGGCUAGGCAGGUGGCUAGAUCUGCUUGGAGAUUAUUGAAAACUAACCAAUUUAGACUUUCGAUCCUGCCAACAUUUUUGUAUAAGCUAUAUAAAACCUGGAGGAUUACUAAGAAAACAAGGUAAUGAAGCCAUUGUUUAGUUGGACCUAUACUAUAGGACUGGUACAGAAUUCUGUUUACCAGCUUGUAGUGUAGACCCCUAUUAUUUAUGUGAUUUUAUGUGAUGUGUUAUUCUGCAGAGCUGACUUUGUGCCAAGCAUCGCAAUUUUUAUUUGAUUUUUUACAUAUUUUGAUUUACUGAAGACAAAAUCUACUAAGGUCUUUGUACGCACAAUUAAGUUGUGUUUAUUGUUGCCUUCUUGUAUGCACUCAAUGUAGCAAUGCUGUGAUGUGCUGUGAUGAAAUGUUGCACCUGUUGCAUAUUGUUUAUGAACAUUGUAUUGCACCUACAUACACUAUGGAGGAUUCAACAAGAAACGUACAGCAAUUUUUUGCAACUUUGACUAAUGGUAGUAAUAAACAGUAGUGGACACAG